AUGAGCGCGGUCAUUUGGGUCAAGUCAAGGAAGGAGAGCUUCAUCGAAGGUCGUGCACUGUUGGAUACUUGUUCCACUAAUCAUUUCGUGACGGAGCGUUUCGUACAACAAUUCCAAUUUCAGCUGCAGGCUUGCGAAAUGCCCAUUAGAGGCUUUGGAGGAAGUGGCUCCAUAUCGAAGGGGUCUAUUGAACUCGUCAUUCGUUCGCGAGUCAAUGAAUUCCAGAAGACUCUAAAUUGCCUUGUAGUCCCCAAUAUCACCAGAAAGAUUCCAAGCGAACCAUUUCCACGGAAAGUAAUCGAUAUUCCGCAUAACCUUCGAUUAGCUGAUCCGCAGUUUCACGUUCCUCGUCCGGUCGACAUUCUUAUAGGUUCAGGUGAGACUCUAUCUUUUCUGUCAGUCGGUCAGAUUCACUUGGCUCGAGAAAACUACGAUCUUUACUUGCAGAAAACGCAGCUUGGUUGGGUGGUUGUAGGGGGAAUAGACCAAAAUCGAGAUAGCGUAGCUACGUGCAAUUUAGUCGAGUUGAACGAACAGCUCACGAAGUUUUGGGAAUUAGAAGAGGUUGGUAGUCAGUUAGGUUACACCCCAAAAGAGACUGCGUGCGAAACCCAUUAUGUCGAAAACACGAAACGCGAUAGUAGUGGUCGAUACGUCGUUAGAUUACCAUUCAAGCAGUCAGCUGUACCUCUCGGAGAUUCACGGGCUAAGGCGUUCCGACAAUUCCAAGCCAUGAAACAACGGUUUCUUGGGAACUCUGAACUUCGUGUAGAGUACACUAAGGUUAUGCAGGAGUACAUCGAUUUAGGUCACAUGACGCUCGUCAAUAAUGAGAGUUUUGGAGGGUAUUUUAUGCCUCACCAUGCAGUACUCAAACCAUCUAGUACCACCACAAAGACUCGAGUGGUGUUCAAUGCUUCAGCCAAAACAGAUAAAGGCCUCUCCUUGAAUGAAAUGCUCAUGGUGGGACCUACAAUACAGCCGAAACUCUUCGAUCACAUUUUUCGAUUCCGCACUCACACGUUCGUUAUCACGGCUGAUAUAGAGCGUAUGUACAGUCAGAUCCUUGUCGAUCCUCGUGAUAGGUUGUAUCAGCAAAUCUUUUGGUUCCACGAAGGCAGAAUUAGGACAUUUGAGUUGAACACCGUCACGUUUGGCGUGUCGUCCGCUCCAUUCUUAGCUAUUCGUACAAUCCAUCAAUUAGCUGAGGACGAAAAGGCAGAUUUUCCAAAGGCUAGUGCCAUCUUGAAACGCGAUUUUUACGUAGAUGACUUGCUUAGUGGGGCUGAUUCAGUAGCAGAAGUCGUACAGAUUCGCAACGAACUUAUUCAACUGUUGGCUCGUGGGGGAUUUACUAUCAGGAAAUGGGCUUCGAAUCAUCAACACGCGUUAGAUAAUUUAGAGGGACGAGUUUUUGGAACAGAGUCUGUCGUCGAGGGAGAUCCUGUAGUCAAGACGUUAGGACUAACAUGGGAUUCUAAGUCCGAUGAAUUCCUAUACACGGUCAAUCCAAUCAAGUUGCCCGCAACAAUCACGAAGAUAAACAUCUUGUCAGAAAUAGCUCGAAUUUUUGAUCCUCUAGGUUUGUUAGGUCCAGUUAUAUUCACAGCCAAGGUUAUUAUGCAGGAGUAUUGGAAAUCAAAGGUAGGCUGGGACGAAUCUGUACCUCAGGACCUGUUCACCAAGUGGGCCUCGUUUGCUAAGCAGCUUAACUUAUUGGAAGGGGUAUCGUUUCCAAGACACCUUCUUUUGCCACACGCUGUCACGAUUCAAAUCCACGGGUUUUGCGACGCCAGCAACCGAGGAUAUGGGGCUUGCUUGUAUGUGAGAUCAGUGGAUAGGUCUGGGAAGGUUCUCGUGCGCUUAGCUUGUGCGAAAUCCCGCGUCGCCCCAGUCAAACAAACAACGAUUCCUCGACUUGAGUUGUGCGGCGCCUUAACGCUGGUUCGAUUGUUCAAGGAGUGUAGGGAAUCCUUUCCCUUUGUCAUUUACAAGGUCGCAUUUUGGUCCGAUUCUGAGAUCGUGUUGCAGUGGAUCAAGAAAUCCCCUCAGGUCCUCAAAGUCUUCGAAGGAAAUCGUGUCGCUGAAAUCCAGGAGUUGUCAUCAACGAUAGAGUGGCGUCACGUGGCAAGUAAAAACAAUUUCGCGGAUGUUCUUUCCAGGGGACAAAACCCAGCCGAGUUCGUCGAGAAUCGUGAGUGGAAGUCGGGAAAGUCUUGGUUGUAUGGUCCAGAAGAAGCAUGA